GAUUAACAUAACCUCAAUCUUGAUGUAUUCUGUAUUGUAAACUUGCAUCUAAUCUUGUUUUCAGUACUGAAGCCUAUUGAAUUUAAGUUUUAUAUUUAUUUAUUAGUCUAUAUAUUGAAAUAAUUAGAAAAUCUCCAAUAAUCUAUUACAAUUUUUGAUAUAAAUAUGUAGUUUUGUAACUUAUGUUACAAAAAAUAAUAGUGAUCUCUUCUAUUGUGAUCAAUAAAUAAUUUGUAGCAAUGAAAAUGAUAAUCAACAUGUUGUUCAAUAGAGUGAAAGCAUUGUUUUUCAUAAUGUUGGGACUGUUGAGGAGGUCACUCUGUUGUUUACGAAGGAGACGAAAACUGUCAUGCGAUUCUGACACUUUGACAACCAUCGGAAUAAUACCACAGUAUGAGAGUCAUCCAAAGCAAGAUGAGUUACAGAAUUGGAGCACUUGGGAAGAUCCUGUUGGCGUAGUUACAGACCAUAAGCCUCAAACUGUACAACAGCACAUUGAGUAUUAUCGCCAACAAGCUAAUGUAAAACCCCAAGAAGAACCACAAAACGACCUGUUUGAAGACAUGACUCCACAGAUAACUCGACAAACUAAAAUUCUCCUACGUCAAGAAAAUGACCAAAGAAGCUCUACUCAAUCUCGAUUAUCGAUUGCUCAAGAUUCGUUUGUUCCUUCCAACGAGGCUGAAUUGGGUUCAUGGGAGGAGAGUGAAGCGAACGGUGUGUGGGACGAGGCUGAGCAUUGGGACACCGAGCAGAUGAUUCGAGAGAAAAAGAGACAGGAACGAGAACUAAGGCUAGCAGAGCUCACCAAGAAAAGACUGGAGAGAGAGCAGCUUAAGACUUUGGGCUCCCGUAUGAGCUGACAUGCUCACAUACAACUUUAAUUCUAUAUUUUAUAAUAAUCAUUUAGGUAGGCUUGAACUUCACAUUUUAUUCCAAUAAAAUUCAUCGCAACUCUAAAUUCAACCAGAAUGCGCGUGUAAAAUUGUCAGCAUAAUGGCGAGUUUCUUCAGCUUUUCUAUUGGAUUGCAAUUGCAUAUUGUGGAAUGUGACGACCAGUGGAAUGAAGUGCUGUCAAACUUUAAUAGAUUAAUGCCAGAUCAUUUGCUGGUUGUAAUCUCGCCAAGUGCAUGCGUUUUAGAUCAUAUCGUUACGCCCGCACAAUUUAAAGAUACGUACAGACUUGUGCACCACGAACAUUUGUAUUUCAAUUUUCAUUAGCUGUUGCUAUGCUUAUUAUAUCUGUAUCUUUCUGUUUCUAUAGAAAUAAUGAUAUAAUAAGAUAGCAUCAGCUGAUGAAAAGUGAAAUGUGCGUGCUCGUGGUGCAUAAGCCUGUACGCACCUCAAUAUUACUUGAGUGUAAAUCAUCCAGAAGGUAAAAACAUUUUUGUUUGAUAAGACAAUGAAGUCAUCAUAGUUAUAAAAUCAAACGUACAGCUUGUGAUAUACACUAUGAGUAAUUUAAAGACAAAAUGCCAAAGUAUUACUUACUUUCAAUGUCUUGGCAUUGUUGCUCUAUAGUGAGGUCCACGUUAUAAUGGUAGUGGAUAAAGAUAGAAGAAUAGCGAUGCCGAUUCUCUGCA